AACCAGUCCUUGUCUAUCAGGGUACCAUGGCCGGGUGUUAAUGGAUAUGCAAGCCGCAAUGACUCGAGGGGCUGGUAGUUGGUACAUCAUUGAUCCACAUGUAUUGUCUGGGCUCCGAACCAGCGGGGUUUUCCAUUGGGCGCUUGCUUGUAUCUCGCAAGGGAAAUGGUUUAUAUACACACGUUCCCCCCCGGCGCCAUCGCCGUAGCAUUCCUGUGGCCCUCUCCAGUCUUGGUGGUGGAAGGAAGGAUCCGGGCAGCUCUCAGGCAGAUAUCACGAAGCUAAGAACACCCGUACCCCCCUAUCGCCAUGCUGCACCAUCCGCGCCGUGGCCGUGGAUGGACUUCGACGUAGAUGAGAGUACAGUCGAGCCACUCUAUCCGGGCGGGUUGGCUUCUCCCUCUGAUCAUUGGAAAACAUACCCUCAAAAUUUGUUCGGGAACUGGACCCCAGAUCAAGUCCAGAGAAGCAAGAUGUUGACUGCCUGCUCAGAUUCCCAGCCUUGUUUGAUUCACAACGUGGAAGUGAAAGACGACGGGCACUUCGACAAAGCUGCCGGAGAAAGAACUAUAACCGUUACUGCUGACAGUGCUAGUUAUCAGGCAUUUUGGAACGAACUACAACAGCCUCGACCCGAGGGCAUUCGAAUUCGGGCGUUUUUCGUCGAUAAUUUGUCCCUGAAUGUUUUGAAGAUGCUGGGAACAACCUUCGAUAUCGAACCUUUUUUCUUCUCGUCCUCGACGAAUUGGAUACCUUCACGAUACCAAGAAGACGCCAAGGCUGAAUAUGGAGACCACAUAACCGUCACUCUCCCGUUCAUUUGCAGCAUGCGGAAGCCUGGUACUAGACCAGAGAGCAUCUCAUCUGUUGGGUCGGUUACCUCACAAAAGUUUGCGCCCGCAAUGCAUGAGGUUCUUGAGAUUAAUACCCAAGCGCCAUUAGAGCUAACUCACGAAAUUUUACUUCAAGAUCUUCUGGCUAUUCACAUGGUCCGGACAAGGGAUUCCAGCACUAUCAUUUCAUAUCACCCUAUAUCCAAUUUGAAGAAAACGUCCGCCAAGCGUCUCCAGUCCCUUGUGCAAAGAACUGGGGAUAGUGUAUAUUGGUCUAAGCUUUUUGCCAAGUCCAGAGAUCCAACAUUCGUCUUCCUCGCUAUACUUUGGUAUGCGCUUUAUGCGUGGGAUGAGGCUUUCGAAGCUUUAUACCGGCAUAUUAACAAGCUAGAAUCAAAAGUUUUAGGAACCAACGACAUCAACCUGACGCGCGAGUUGCACAAAGUGCAAGCAUAUCUGUUGCAUUAUCAACAACUUCUCCAGGACUUCCACAAGUCCGUCGACUUCGUAAGAAACUCUCCAAAUCCAGCGAUGGACUGCGAUAAAGACAAGGACAACUCCGCGGAGCUUCUGGCGAGGGAAGUGGAUAACUUGCUUUCCGAAAUAAACCGGUUAGAGGGUCAUAGAACCAUGCAGUCUGACCGUUUGAAGAACGUCAUGCAGCUGGCAUUUGCAACUGUAAAUAUCGAAGACAGCCGAGCCAUGAAAAGGCUCACGGAGGCAUCCAUGCGAGAUUCUGCUGCAAUGAAGCAGAUUUCUUACCUCACAAUGAUCUUCUUGCCUGCGAGCUUGAUAGCAAGUGUUUUCGGGAUGAACGUCGCGGAAAUCAAUCCAGGCACUCGUGAAACUCUUAGUCACUAUGCUGAGGCCACGGUCACACUGACUGUUCUGACCGCGUGGUUGGUGAUUGCUAUGCAAACAGAGAGUUCUUUCUGGCCGAGAGGUAGUCCGUGGUGGCGACGUCUAGUAUGGCCGAUAUGCUUUGUUGCCGGACGCGUCAGAGCAUCGUACUUGAGACACCGUCCCGCGGAUGAACAGCGACCCAUAGGUUUUAACGUUACGGUGUCACCCCCAGACCCUUAGCUGGACGUACAACAUUGCAUGACGUUUACGAGAGUGUAUGUAGUGUCCUUGCGGUUUUCAUGUACUUCGGGGUUGUCCGGUUGUUAGUGACCGGAAGAUAUU